AAUUUUAUUGAUCGAACCAUUCACAACGCUCACGUAAAUAAUUUUACAAGCCGUUUUCGGCAUUUUAUUUAUCUAUAAAUGCAUUGCAAUAAACACGUUCCUCGUUGAUAUUUAAUAGAUAGCUUAUCAAGUGAAUAAACAUCGCGAAACAAUACAAGGCAGUUGUUAGUACGUAUCGUUGUGUGUCAGGCGUGUCGUGAUCAAUUGUACGUGACGUGCGAUAAAUAGCUAUUAUCCAUGAGAGAAGGUGCCGUUAUUCUGAUGAGGGGAACCUGCUAAGUGGUAAACAUGACGAGAUCCAGUUACCGGCCACUGGUACCGCGCUCGUCAAAUAACUCCUUGGACAACCGAGAAAUUGGGACAACAUCGCCCCCUGGAGAGCCUUUAGUCCGUGCCCCAGUAGGCAAGCCUCGAUGCCCCCCUGCCAUUUCCCGCCUGCGAGUAGAAAAAGUUGAGGGCGGCUUAGCAGUCGCCGGCGUAGUCGUGGCUGCCAACUGUCAAAUUGUCCUCCCAAUAUUUGGGUUCCUGUUUAUGCUUGUAGGCUGUGUGCUCACAGCCGCAUCAUACCGUGGUUGUGGUGAGAAUGAAGAACCAGACCAUUACGCCGCUCGCAUCGCUUUCACUGGAAACUCUCGCGUGCUGGGCCCAGUAUGCAUCGUUGCUGGGGCUCUUAUGACCAUAGCUGGUAUUGUGCUAUGUGUGUUAAUGCGAUCGGCACAAAAACGUCAGCGUCGGUUGGCCUUCCACUGCCCCAUUCACGGGGAUUUCUACCCCUUAAGUCCACAGAAUAGUAGGAAAUAUACACGAAGCCCCACCGGUCUUUGGCGUUUCCUUCGCGGCUGGCUUGGUAUGGUGGAGGAGAGUGCAACACCUCGCUGCCCCCGUUCCGUAGAGCCUGCUUCACCAGCAAGAGCUGAUGCCCCAUGCCCCCCACCUUUACCCUUCCUAGUACCUAGCGACUCUGUUGUAGGAAUGGCAUCCAUUCUCGGAGCACCGCUCAGUCCCGAACAAACUUUCGGUUCAAUAAAAUCGUUGGCCAUCUCGAGAGAAGUUGCCAGUUUUCCACUUUCGCGCUCACCGACACCUCCCCCAUUAAGUUGUCCACCAUUCAAGGAAGAAUCAAAGUUAUGCGACAUUCCCAAUUCAGUGCCAUCGCAUUUCGAUUGCGGGACCCCGAUCUGCAACUACCGCGUCGUGGAAUGCAAACUCACCACCACAGACGAAAUACGCUCGAGCGAUAAAUACCCCAGUGUCCAUAGUGAUAAACAGAAACCGGCCACAGUUCGUAUCACAAUACCUGACGAAGGCAAAGGUUAACACGCGAUAAUAUAGUGUUAGCAGUGAACAGACAUCAAACGAGUGCAUUCCAAUACCAUGCGGAUUGUAAAUGACUUUCAGUGUUAAUUUUAUUCGAUCAUUUGUAUUUUGGUAAAGAUUUAUUUGUAAUAUUAUGAUGAUACACGAUCAUUUGUGUAAAAUAAUAUUCAUAUUAGUAUAGUCAGUAAUGUAUGCUAAAUAGUGAGAGGUUUUCGCUAUAUCUCCAGACAUUAUUCGAUAUAACUGGUUGGGAUAAACAUUAUCAUAAUGUUACAAGUCGAUGUUCACGAAUAAGCUUUACAUAACUGCUCAAACAAUCACAUCGGUCUUCCGCUAGCGCUCACUUACUACUCGCAGUAUUUUCAUUUAAAUCUGUUAUUAGGUUUCGAUACCGUAAGAGGCUUCGCGCCGAGAUUGAUUUUUUAUUGUGACAUAGAAUUGUGUUUAUCGUAACAUAACGAAAUGAAGACCUUAUUCUUAAAAACAAACUCAGUCUAAUUGUGUUUAUACAGAUAGAAGCAAAUGAAAGACCACUGUUGUUAAAACAGUGCAAUAAGACUGAUUUGAUUUUAUGAAUAAGAGGAAAAGAAUCUUCACUUGGAUUAUUUGCAAUCUUAAAUCAAUCCUGCUGUGUGUCCAAAAUCCCUUCCUUAGACAAAAUCUAUUUAAGCAAACGUGAUCGUCUAACACUUGUCACGUGACUUCUACUAAAGAGCCACUUGAAACGGACAUUAGGCUUGAGACCAAAUCAAUUUUCGACAGGCAUGGUCUACUAAUGCACAAACGAGGUAUGAAAAUGCCCGUUUAGCGUUAGUGGGACACGCUUGUUGAAAAGUUACUUUGUCUCAAGUCCAUGAAAUUGCCUUAAAGUACCACACCGUCGUAUAAUGCGUGUCAAGUCUGCAGAAAUAGGCCUGUCUUUCUUUCUUUCUUUUGAAAGUGUUUAUGCUAUUUAAAUUUCAGGUUAUAAUUUUUUUAUGCAUUUACGUGUAGAUCGACAUGAAGUGGAUGAACAAUUGUCACCAUGUGUAUAUAUUAUUAAGAUAUGAAUUUUGAUGUAUCUAGGUUUUCCUACGUUGUACAGACUUGAUUUUUGUAGGAUAAUAAUUAAAUGGCUUCAAACUCUGAUUAGUUAUAAAUAGGUACUCGUUAUAAACUGAUUAGGUUAGUUUAAAAUAUGUAACCACUCCUAAAUCUAGUCCAUAAUACACAUUAAAGUACCACGCCCUCUUAUAUUGUAGCAAUAACAAAAACAGGACAAAAGUCUAAGAGUUAAUUUUGGACGCGUUUCCAAUGUCAUUACGAAAUACAAAUAUGCCAUAAUAUAAUGAUACAUUUUAUAUAAUAUUGUAAUUUUUACAUUGUACUUCGCAGAGUAUAUCAUACAAACAUCACGUCCAUACAAACAGAACAUCUUUCUUCUAUAGUAACUUGAAUUUUAAUCAAUACACUUAAUCAUUAUAUAAUUUUAAAACAUGAAUAUCAAGUUUAAUAACUUGCUCGUAGAUUGUUAACUCGAUAUGUAAGAAUAGCCAAUUUAUUGAAAUAGAUUGUUUUUAAUUUCUAGACAUUCAAUUGUUUUCCAGUACCAUUUUCAAAGUUAUCCCCAGAUGUAUUCUAUUUGUAAGGUUGUGUUUUAUAUUCUCUAUAUUGGAAAUUGUAAAAUAUAAUCUAUUUUAUAAUAUUUUUAUGCUAAUUAGACAUGUUUUGUUUGAUACCAAUCACAUUAAAUUAUCAGAUAUAUGUGAGUUUAGGUAAUUCACUUUGUGAGAGUAGGAGCCAAAAGUGUUGCCAAAUUAUAAAUUCAUCACGUCCAUAAAGAAUAGAAUGCGUUAGUUACAUAUUAUGUAAUCAUGUUCAAUCUUUCUGCUCACAUAAAAAAAUUAAGCAAACAUUUAUAUCAGCAACAUUUCUGUCCAUGAAACAUUAUGAAUAUUUAAUUGCCUCAACAUGGAACAAGAUACAAUAUUUUCGAUUAACUUUUGUGAUAUUUUGUAUGUUUAGUUAUUUUUUUUAAUUGAAAGAACCUAACACAUUUUUAAUGUGUAAAUAAUUAUUUUUACCUAUAUUUUUUGCUCAUAUUACAGAAAUGUGGCUUAAAUAAAUAAUUACAUACACUUAAGGUGUAUGUGGUAACACAUUAAAAAUAAGUCCUAUUUAAAUACUAAUUAGGUACAUUAAUGUUUAUGUGAUGACGGCAUUUAUUGGCCAAUUGAUUUUGAAAUUAUAGGACGAGUAAUUUUUAUAAUUCGUAGUUAAGUACCAUGCCUAAGUAAUGUUAAGUAAGUAAGUGUAUUUAAUAUGAAUGAAAUGAAAAAUACAAUUUUGAUUUUAAAA